UGCAUCCUAUCGGCGUAUGCACUUUACGAAUAUGCUUACAAUGCGGUUCGUAGCGCCGUGGCGAACGCAACAAUUUGUUUAGCCGCGUUGCACAUGGAUAUCUCCGAGAGCAGAGGUGAAGUGUCAUCGGCGAACGGUGAUAUAAUUAAAUUCACAUGUUAGAGCGAGAGAGAAAGAGAGAGAGAGAGAGAAAGAGAAAAAGGCCGGGCGCGUCGAACUGUCGAUGCGAGCGUGUUCCCAAGUUCAAAAGCAUCGCACUCCUCCGACCGGGAGAAAUGGCGUUGAUGGACUCCAACAACGAGUCGAAAAACGGCAAGGAUCCGCCACCUCAGCAGAACCAUGAGGAAUCCACGCAGGUCUCCAUAUCCAUAUUAACGGAUCUGCAUAUUCAAAGCACCGAAGUCGGUGAAAUCGCGGAGAUGCCGGAUUACGAGAACCUGAGUACGUCGGCGGUGCUUCACUAUUGCAAACACAAAAUACUGUUGCCGUACCUAAGACUGCUGGCGGUAAUGGGACUGAAGCCGACCAGCAGCGACGACUCGCGAUGUUGCAUCUUGGCGAAUCUUCACACCUUCCAAGUCGCUGUAUUCAUGUGCAUCGGAUACGUCUUACAGUAUAUGGCCUGCUUCAGGAGAGAUCGAGGAUUCUGUUACAAAAUAUUACCAUUGGAAAGCGCGCAAACAACAUCGGAUGUCAGCGGAGAACGAUCGCAUCCGCUUUGCUACGGAGACAUGAUAUUCAGCUACUUAAUACCGAGCGCGUUGCAUCUAGUCGCAUACAUAUACACAGUGUACCUGUUUCGCAUCAAGGAGAACGAGCAACUGCAGAAUCUGAUGGAGAGGGCCUUCCUGCUCUCGUCGAAUCCCGUGAACCGUGGCAAUCAGAGACGUCUCGUUCACAUACUGUGGCUGUUCAUUGCGUUGAGCGUAGUGUGGAUGAUCAUGGCGUUAGUUACGGUGAAUAUUCUGAUGGCGAAAGGGAACAUCACAUUCCGCUGGUUGGAACACAGUCCGCAUCAAGUGAAGGUAACAUUGAAAGUAUUUCUGAUCGUCUGCACCUUGUGGCACGACAUGGUUCAGGGGACCAUCAUAACGAGUUACUGCCUACAAGGACAGCUGUUGAUGUCCCACCUCUACUUCCUACGUGGCAAAUUGCUUCAGCACACUCUGCCGCCCAUUGAUUGGAUGAGGGAAAUUUGCGAGUUCAAGAAGCUACUGAAAUACUUCAACGACGAACUAGGUCCGGCUGUAUGCAUCUAUACUAUAGUCAAUCUGUCAUGGGCAACGGCGGGUAUCAUCUGGCUGUUUCAAUACGAUAACGAUGAGAUGAACAAGAGUCCAGUCACAUACGUCAAUGUGAUGAACGUCAUGUUAUGGAUCUUGAUAUCGAUCGCACCGUUCGUACAGGCCGCUCGUCUGACCACCGCCUGUUCCAUGAUACAGAGCAUAGGACACGAAGUGCGCGUACGACCGUUUGUGUAUCAGGGUACUCCGGGACAAGAUCUUGAUACUAUACUUCUUUAUACAUCCUCCUUGAGAAUGUACGCUCGACUGUUCCGAGUACCCAUCACAGGCAGGUACUUGUGCCUACUGCUAACUAUCGGCAGUAUUUCCAUCCUCACCUUGGGACAAUGUCGGUUUUUCUCAUGACCGUUCCUCCGUGGGACCUCCCAUCAAAGAAGGGUUUGCUUCGAGGAGUUCACUUCCGAGUCAUCUUGGAUCCGAAUCCCGAAGGAAUGAGGAUCAUGUACGAUUUUACACGCUCAUCGUGAGCUCGCCACAUUAGAUUUGUAUGCAAUACACAAUCUUCAUGUUUACAGGGAUGUGCGAAGGAUUCGAGAUGAUACAAUCGAGAUGUAUCGUCGCACAAUGCAUCCCUUGUAUAUUUUAAGUGUACAACCCAGCGCUAUUGUUUACGCAAAAUGUAUUAUCCGUAUAUCAUCUGAUAAUUUAUUCAACCUUAGCAAUGCUUUUUCGCACACACGCCGCACUCUCAUUAUAUAUAAUAUGAACAAUAGUUAUAUACUUACUAUUAAAACUAUUUUUGUUUUUAUUGAUGUAUUCGCAUUAGAAAAUGCAUAUUUUAUACUAGU